GAAGCGGGAAGUAGCGGGCUGGUGACCGGAAGUGGCGUGCGGCUGGUGGUGGGAGCCGGGCGGUCGCUCGCCACGGGCUGCUGGGAGAGCCGGGGCAGCCGCGGCGGCCGGCGGGGGAGCGAGGCAGGGGCGGUACGCGGCGCAGACUCGUCCCCCCGGCAACCGGGGCCGCGGAGGGUGGGGGCCGGGGCCGGGCAGCGCCAUGGCGGAGGCGACGGCGACUGCGACAGCGGCGGCCGGUGGGAGGGCGGCCAGCGCCACCGUGACCGAGACCGUCACCAUCGAGCCGGAGAACCGCAGUCUGACCAUCAAGCUGAGGAAGCGAAAGCCAGAUAAGAAGGUGGAGUGGUCAAGCGACACGGUGGACAACGAGCACUUGGGCCGUAGGUCAUCCAAAUGCUGCUGCAUCUACGAGAAGCCACGGGCCUUCGGCGAGAGCUCCACAGAGAGCGAGGACGAGGAGGACGAGGGCUGCGGCAACGCCCACUGCAUCCGGGGCCACAGGAAGGGGGAGCACGGGGGCCGGGGGGGUGGUGGCUCUGAGGGGGGCAGGGGCAGCCCCCGCAAGGCCGAGCCGCCGGGCCAGGACCACGCUGCAGCCAUGCAGCACUGAGCCCCCCUCACCCCGCCGGACUGACCCGGGGACGCGGGCGUGUGCAUCUGUCCGUGAGCCUCGUGGCCUGCGAGCUGCUGUCGUCCAUCCGUCCGUCCCGCCCGGUGCCCCGGCGUGGAAUGUACCAAGCGACGGGCCGGCUGCGUCUCUGUGCUUCUUCAUUAAACGUCUGUGUCAGUGACCACGAGCGGCCGCGGCCUGCUGCUUUCUGCGGGGGGGGCGGGGGCACAGCUAUGCCGGUGCCCCCUGAUCCUGACGCGCUGCCCCCUGCUGGCCCAGCACUGGGCUUCUCCCCACAGCUCUGCCAGUGUCCCUCACUCCCGCUCCACAGCCCCUGCCAGUCCAGCCCUGCCUGUGCCCCUCAUUCCUGACCGGCAGCCACCUGUUAGCCCAGCCCCUCCCUCCCCCAGCCCUGCCAGUGCCCCCACUCCCACCCCACAGCCCCCUGCCAGUCCAGCCCCUCCCUCACCCUGAUCUGCCAGUGUCCCCACUCCUGCCCCACAGCCCCCUGCCAGCACAGCCCCUCCCUCACCCUGAUCUGCCAGUGUCCCCACUCCUGCCCCACAGCCCCCUGCCAGCACAGCCCCUCCCUCCCCCAGCCUUGCCUGUGCCCCUCACUCCCACCCUACAGCCCCCUGCCAGCCCAGCCCCUCCCUCCCCCAGAUCUGCCUGUGCCCCUCACUCCUCCCCACAACCCCCUGCUAGCACAGCCCCUCCCUCCCACAGCCCUGCCAGUGCCCCCACUCCAGCCCCACAGCCCCCUGUCAGCCCAGCCUCUCCCUCACCCAGUUCUGCCUGCGCCCCCACUCGAGCCCCACAGCCCCCUGUCAGCCCAGCCUCUCCCUCACCCAGUUCUGCCUGCGCCCCCACUCGAGCCCCACAGCCCCCUGCCAGCCCAGCCCCUCCCUCCCCCAGAUCUGCCUGUGCCCCUCACUCCUCCCCACAACCCCCUGCUAGCACAGCCCCUCCCUCCCACAGCCCUGCCAGUGCCCCCACUCCAGCCCCACAGCCCCCCAUCAGCCCAGCCCCUCCCUCACCCAGCCCAGCCUAUGCCCCCACUCCCUACCCACAGCCCCGUCAGUCCAGCCCCUCCCCCACCCAGCCCUGCCUGUGCCCCUCACUCCUGACCCGCAGCCCACUGUCAGCACAGCCUCUCCCUCCCACAGCCCUGCCUGUGCCCCUACUCCGGCCCCACAGUCCCCUGCUAGCCCAGCCCCUCCCCCUAGCUCUCCCAGUGCCCCCCCACACACAGCUCCCUGCCAGCCCAGCCCUCGGCUUCUGUUCCCUCCCCACAGCUCUGCCAGUGCCCCCCAGUCCUCACCUACCACUAUCCCUCCACCCCCGUCACACACCCAGCUCGGCCAAGGCCCUGAAAUAGAAGCUUUAAUCACCCUUGUUUUCCCUUUCAUAGCUGCCAAUGGUGUUGAUCAUAAAACGUUUACAGUGUCCUGGUAAGAGGACAAACAAUCUUUGGCUGUGGCCUUGUUUCCUUCCAUGCUUCUUCCUGAUGUAUAAAGGAGGCUUGUCGGAUUUUACCUGGAAAA